AAUCCUGCGAAUCAACGUCCAAGGUGCGGCUUGAAGGCGCUCCAAUACCGGUAUGAGUCCUUUCAGUACUAAUCGCCGAGUGCGUGUAUAUUGCGGGUGUACGAUCUUCGACGUCUUCGAAUCCUUACCAUCGUACGAAUGUCCUUUUUGGUUCUAGAUUCAUUCUGGACGACUUUGCCCUUCUUCAACGAGUUGAUACCUCAAAUCAUACAAGACUUUCCUUCCUAGGUCGUGCACAACACUUGUUGCUUCUAGUGACAAAGAUCAUACCGCCAUUGAUCAGCCACAGAUAUCACAUUCGACAGCUGGGCCCUUCAUCAUGGCAUCUGGCGCACCUCCAUUGUUGGACUUCUCGUCUUACUACGGUUCCGACGAAGCGGCCAAGGCAAAACUGGUUGACGAAGUGCGCAAAUGUUGUCUACACAAUGGAUUCUUCCAGAUCAUCGGACAUCGCGUGCCAGCGGAAUUGCAGGAGGCGGUUUUCACGAUGUCCAGGACGUUCUUUUCUCUGCCGCAGGAGUCAAAAGACAAGGCUUCCAUAGAGACCAAUUCCUGGUAUCGUGGAUAUGAGAAGAAAGAGUCUCAGAUUCUUGAAGCCGGCACCGCGCCGGAACUCAAGGAAGGUUACUAUUUAGGUGAAGACCUGCCACGCGAUCAUCCGUAUUUCGUCAACAAAAAGUUGAACAGUGGACCGAACAUGUGGCCUCAAGACUUAUCGGACUCGGACUCGGAGGAAUUCAAGUCGGUCUUGACGAGAUAUUAUCGAAUGAUGCACGAGCUCGCUCGGGAUGUGCUGGCCGUCUUAGCCAAAACUCUGGACUUGGAGUCCUCGUAUUUCGACGCUUUUACCAAAGACGCCGUCGCCACACUCCGGCUUUUGCACUAUCCACCACAGCCAAAGGAUUCGGAUCUAAAGUUGACCCGCGGCAUUGGUGCUCAUACCGACUUUGGGGCUAUCACCUUGCUGAUGCAAAAUGAAGUGGAUGGUCUUCAGGUGUACGAAAAGGCAACCGGCGAUUGGCUCGAUGUCGAACCCAGGAAAGGCGCUUACGUGGUAAAUCUGGGGAACAUGUUUAUGCGUUGGUCCAAUGACAAGUACAUUUCCAACCUACAUCGAGUGAUCAACAAAUCCGGCAGGGAACGCUACUCGGUCCCGUUCUUCUUCAGUGGAAAUCCCGACUACGUUGUUCAAUGUCUACCAAAUUGUCGAAAAGAGGGCGAGCCUGCCAAGUAUCCGUCAAUGACUGUCCAAGAAGCUGUGGGAGGAAGUUACAACAAAAGCUAUGCCGCCGCCAGGGAAUACAAGGUAAAGGCGGCGCCGAAGAAAGAUAAUGUCCUGAUAAGCACGCAGCCUAUCACCGUUUGAAAUAGGAAAUUUC